AUAAAAGUGAAUGAAAAUGGCCUUCAGAAACAGGACUUGUGGGUUUCUGCCAUAGAGAAGUUCGUAAAGUGAGCAUGCAGUCCCUUGAGCAUUGAGGGCACUUUGCCAAAACCCGUAUUAUAGGGUGAUUUCGUAGUUUCUGCGCUGAUGGGCGCGUAGUUGAGCCUGCGCAACGCAGGGGUUCUUUGCUCUACGAAGUUUCUCGGGUUGAAUCAUAGGAAUACACUGACGACAGACUGACAUUAUUCGUGACUACAUCGGGAUUUACGCGUUUUGCCCAGUGCGGCUGUCCACCGUGUGUGCUGAAGGGGACAGGCACCGGACACAAUGUCAGGGUACCCCUACGUCCGCACAGGGAGAGGGGGCGCAGGAGGAGUGCGCUUCAAGAGGAGGAAGUCCCGCUUCUCCUUCGAGGAGGUGCAGCUGAUGCUCAGUGAAGUCAGGCGGAACCGCCACAUCCUCGUAGGCAAGUUUAACCGCGGCGUGUCGUCAGACGUGAAGAAGCGCACGUGGGCCGCCAUCACGGCCAGCAUCAACGAGAUCAGCGAGUGCCCGCGCGAGAUCCUGGAGAUCAUCAAGAAGUGGUCGGACCUCAAGUGCGACACCAAGCGCAAAGUGGCGGCCAUGCGCGCGUCGGGGGCCUCUUCGGCGCGCGUGGCGCGCGACCUCUCGCCCAUCGAGGCCAUGGUGCACCAGAUCCUGCAGAUGCCCACCCCGGGCUCCGCCGAUCCGCAUCCCUACGGCGCCCCGUUCGGGGAGGGCGACGACGGUGACGAUGAUUCCAUGGGCCCUGUGAUGCCCCUGCGCCAGAGAGCCACCACGUCCGGCAGGACAAGGAUGCUGCUGCCCGCUCCCCCGCCCCAGCCACCUCCUCCACCGCCUCCACCCGUCACCAUGGUGAUGGCUGCGCCGCUCUCUGCCAUGCCAACCAAGAACGAUCUGGGCCUGCCCACAGACAUGAUGUACACACGGAACUCCCCACAUCCUUUGACUGACUUCCAGUUUGAGUCUCCAGAUAUGGAAGAUAGCCUGCUGAAGUACGACGACGGCCAGUUAGGGCGUGAGCGAGGUCCGGCCUUCUUGGACACCUCCCUUCCCGGGCCCCCCCCAGUCGACCUGGAGCGCCCCCGCCCCGACUCUGGCCACCGGGGCCUCAACGGCUCCUCGCUGGGCCCCCCCUCCACCCCCUCCGUCUCGGGCUCGUCUCCCCCUGCCGCGCCCGCGGCCUCUACCCCCCAGCUGGCCUCGACCGUGGCGGCGCCGUCCUCCUCCACCGUGCCGCUGCCGCAGCCGAGUAGCGGCCCCCUGCACGAGCAGCUGGCCCACAGCGCGUCGCUGAGCCUCCAGGAGCAGCAGGCGUCCACGGCCCUCAUGGGCUCCAUCUCGCGCUCGCUGGAGGCCAUGUCCGAGUCCGUGCAGCAGCUGGUGGAGACGCAGCAGGCCUUCGUGCGCGACUCCCUGCAGCUGCAGCGCGACGCGCUCCACGUGCUGCGCGACUUCACCGCCGGCGCGCUCACGCUAAUGCAGGACAAGCUCAACGGACGCCCGCUCCUGCCCUGAGCUUUCCCCAUGAUGCACCAGGGCACCAAGGGAGGUUCCUGGGACACCCUCUUCACGUUUUUUCCUCGUCAAAAAUGGUUGUGGCUGAAAAGAUGCAAUUGAGUGUCGAGGUUUUUUUUUGCCUUGUGUUAUAAAUGGUAAAAGAGAUUUAAAAGGUACUUAACUGAGAAUAUUUGUUGUCAUGGAAACACUGGGAUAGUUCAGAGACAUGAGAGUUCUUUUACUAGAUCUGAAUUCUUUUUUUAAAUCGCCAAAUUCACUCUCAAAUUCUGAGAUAUUUUAAGUGAUAUUUUAUUUUAUUUGACUAAUUCUCCCAUAGAUACCGUAUGUCUUCAUCCAUCCUGUUAUUUCAUGUCACUGGUUGUGCUUUAGUUCACAGUCGCAAACCUCACUUAAUCAUGAAAGCACAGAAAUAUAAUCAUGGACAUUUGAACAGAAAACCUACGGACAGUAUUGAUUUUAGACUGUAAACAAACAGACUGGCAGCGUGUGUACAGUGGUGUCUGUACUACAGAAAAGAGCAAAUGUCGGCCACCAUAUUGACUAUGCAGUGGAGAUUUGUAUAUUGUGGAAAGUUUAUAGGGACGUUGGUGAGAAGAUGAGAGUUGUGGAACAAGAUGAAGGCGUAUUCAUGGGAGAUUCAACCCCACGUACACUAGACUGCUGAAGAAAGAAUUUCUCCAACUUGAUUUUAUUAAAUCUUCUAUGUCAUGGACACACAUAUAACUAUAUUCUCUCUCCCUUUAUGGUGCAUAUGUUGGCAGCCAGUUGCUCCAAACAUAAAAGGUAGAAAUGUAGCGAUGUGUACAUGCACUGUACUGAGAUCAGUCUGUGAGCCCUUCAGGAAUCCUGCUAGAUAACUUUAUUUAAAUACUGUGGAUCACCUGACACAUAAGCUUUAGUGGUGUAAACUUGAGACUUGAUAUAGACUUGGCUGCGGUUGGAUAGUCAAGAAAAAUAUAUCCUGUGACCUUGCCUGUCCACUUUUCCCUAACCUCGAUGGAAACCAUGAGGUCACCGGCAGAUGUGAAGGACAAUUCAUCAAGACCGCCCCAGUGCAAAGAGAAUCCGGUCCCACUUCCACUAAGCUAUGUCAUUAUGUGGCGGAUGUUAUUGACUUGGGUCUUUAAGUGUUGUUGUUGCAAUGAAUUGUGGGAUGAUAUUGUUUCCUUUUGUAAAGGAUGGUCCAGUGAACUCUAUGGCUAAAGGAGAUAAGAAAGGCAGUCCAUGUCUUUAGCAUUUGGAGUAUUUGACCAGCUCUUACAAUGGCUGCCACUGAGAUACCUCAGGGUAAUUUCACUCCAUUCGGAACCUUUUUUUUAGCAAAAAAGGCUCUCCAACCGCAGCCAAUGUCAGACAGCCAACACAGGUAACCCUUCGUGGCAGACUGCUGAGUGGCUGCUGUUUCCAGUCAGUGUGCUGUUUCCUCAUACAUCACUUCCUGUUCCUCCAGGGUAACAGCAGCAGGUGGAUGGUUCUCUGCAUUGCCUCCCAGGUGAUGUGUGGCUGUGUCUGUUUGCAGCCUCAUGUACAGUUAAUAAGAUGACCAAUUUAGUCGAAUUUAAGUUAAGUGUUGUUUGAAUCGGGAGUGCUGUACCUGAAACCUGUUCCUUUCCUUAUUUAUCGCAACUUAUGGAAUUCCAACCAUCAGAUGAUUUAUUUGUAUGUUUUUAUUUUGAUCAACUUGAACUAACAUCCUUUCCAUUUUAUUUCUAACAGGACUAUUGUCAUACUUGUAUUAACAGAAAAUGCUAUUGCAAUGACAACUUUGUGACUUCAGUUAAGGGGGGGUGAAAAUAAAUGCCUUUCCACCAAACAAGCGCCCUGUACUGAUGAACCUCUAGAUCUUUUCUAUUCCCUAUUGCUGCUCUACAUUCCCUGUGCAGUGUCACUGAAAAUAUUCAUAUUUUACUGAAUAUAUAAUCUGUAUGUCAAAUGUAUAUGAAUAUAAUUUAUUACAUUUACUCAUCAUCAACAAAUGCAACUGCACUGUUUACUAUUAAAUAGGAGCUUUGGUUUAGACCUGUGGUCACUGUUUCCUAUUAAAUGGGAGCUUUGGUUUAGACCUGUGGUCACUGUUUCCUAUUAAAUAGGAACUUUGGUUUAGACCUGUGGUCACUGGAGGUCUUCAGUGUAUACAUACACUCCUCCAGAUGGCACAGAGCUGGACUUUGUGUAUUGUCCUGCAACUGAAACUCAAGGACUUGGUGUUAAGACCUUGUUCAGUUGAGUCAGGCAAAGUAGGUGGCCCAGUGUGUUCUGACAGUGUUAAUUCACCCAGGGUCCCUGAAGACUCUUUCCCUCUUUAAUGUCCAAACAGCAGAAGCAGCCGUGUUCCUGUGGAAUAAUCAGAUUUACUAACACAGCCUUACUUAGCCUUUUCCAAACAGCACAAAGGGCUGCAGAGCUGUUUUCAGACGCCCUCGGCCCACAGUGGAGAGAGAAAAGUCAUAUCCACUUGGUACAUUCUUAGCUUGUGUUACUUGGGUACAUUCAGUUUGUCUGUAAGGAAGACAACACUAAAACUACUUGCCUUAUUUUCAUUAAACCUGUGGGGAAGCUGCAGCGUGGCCCAAGGAAUAGCCCAUUAAAUAUGGGACCGGACCUUAUCACAGGCCAGAUCCAUGAAUUUAGUUCCACCUCUGCCAGCGUUGGGAGGCACUUGCAUUUGGCCUUAGCAGAGGUUUGAAGUGCCGUUAUAGUUUGGAGUAAUUUGAAGUGGUCUAACACAAGUUAACCGGUCAGGUGCAAUAAGAACCAUUAUUGCCACUGUUGUAUGUUUUAAUUACUUUGUCAAGUUCAUUUGUUUCAGACACUUCUGGUCUCUGGCCUGAGUACUGCAUCUCAUUUAUUUUAUCCAUUCAGGGGUCAUCCAUUCAGUCAAAGGGCAUGUGUCUAUCUGUGUCUGUAUGUGUCGAUAUUCUGAAAGCAAAUAUGAAUUUGCAAUUAAAACUAUUUCCCCGUU